UGUCGCCUCGCGGGACGUUGCGAUUCGCGGGAGAUGUCAAAUUUGAUAUGGAUCAGAACGAUGUGAUGCGCGAUUAGGGUUAUUAAUAAUCCUCUGCUUGGUAUUGUCUGUAGGUUAGAUUGUUGUGUUCAUUUAGGAUGUAGGGACGUUUUAGGGGGUUUGAAUCUAGGUGUUGAGUGGUUGAGUGCGGUCCGACGCGGUUAUAUUGUGUAGCCUGCAUAACCUUGACAUCAAUUUCCCGCGCUAGAACGCAGACUUAUCCGACACUCCUCUCAAAAUUGCAGCGUGGAAACUGUUAUAUUAAUAGGAAAUAUUGUAGGCGUAAAAUGACUGUUAGAUUUUAAUUAAAGUCGUGAAAGUGAUUAUCAAAAUGAUCCGAUUUAAAGAUAUAACUCCAUUAGCUGUCCAUCUAAUAAUCAUCUUAAUACUGCAUUUAACCGACUGCGACGUGGUUUCCGAAACCCCUAGCGAAAAGGACCUACACAUUCCUGAACCAGAAAUACUUCCAGUCCUUCAUAACAACGACUCUAGAUGUAGAAUAUCGGAGUACCAGUGCGCCAAUAAGAAAUGUGUACCCAUAAACCGAUUUUGUGAUGGAAGCAAUGAUUGUGGCGACGCAUCGGAUGAACCAAGGCAUUGUACACGCUGCAACCGGACCUAUUAUGGAGAUAUAGGCAGAACUUAUGAACUGGAGCUUCACCGACCGCGGCAGGACCUGGUGCCUUAUGUCUGCCUCAUCACAGUCACUGCUCCUGGAGGUAUACAUGGUGAUCUUAUACAGAUUCUAUUUGACAGCUUCACACUCGGCCGCUUCACAUCGUUUACGGAAGAUGGAUGCCCAGAUGGCUACAUGCAAAUACAAGAAGCUAGUAGACCCCAAGUAGGAGGCUCAUGGUGUGGGACAUCCUGGGGUCCCUCAAUUUACUACAGUGAAACUAAAUCGAUAACUCUUAUAAUUAGGCUUCUACACCUGUCCAAAGAACAAAACAACUACAACUUCGACUUCCGAAUGGCAUAUAAAGUUUUGAGGAAGGAGUACGCGACAGUUCGGUAUGGAGGCACGCCUCCCUCAGAGCGACCCUUUUUCAAAAUAAGACCAAUGCCAUAUCCCGUAAACAUAACGCGUGGGGAAGAUACGAACAUCGCGAGGCCAACUAAAGCCCGAGAGUAUUACCUCGGGGAUUUGAUUUCUGGGACUUAUUGCUCGAGAAUCUUCAGCGACUGCGAUCGUAAAAACUGUAGGUUACAAUCACCAAAUUUCCCUGGAGUUUAUCCGAGGAAUUUGACGUGCUACUACGCGGUACGACAGCACGAGGUGCCUCAGGGGAAGCAUGCUCUUAUUGUAGUUAAGCAACCAAAUGGGCAACUGAUUUCGAUACGAAGUCAGAAAGCGUUGUAUGCGACUAAUCAACAAGAGCGGGGUAAUAGUGGACGAGAGCUGAAAUUUUGGGAGCAAUGUGAUGAAGUUCAAGACUAUGUGACCGUGUAUGAUGGCUACACAACCAGGGAUCCGGUAAUUUUAAGGUUUUGCGGAGGUGGAGUAUCAGUUCCGGAAGCAAUAUCGAGUGGUCCAGAGUUGUUGGUAGAAUUCACCACGUCACCUUUUGGAACCUUUCUGCAACCGGCAACUGCUCAAUCUUUGCAUGGAUUUCAAUUAGAAGUUGAGGUUAGAUUCGUCGAUCAACAAUCGCCGACCUACGCAAAAAAUAAGCGGGCUUGUGAGUUUUGGAUAAGAGGGACGGGCCGAGGUGUGUUGGAGCACCCUCAACACUCAUUACCGCCGAAUACAACGUGUCUAUAUCAUAUGCAGGGAAUCGAUACCUCUGGUCCUUCGGGCAAGAAUAUAUUUUAUCGACGACAAUUUUCAGCUCCGAGAUUUCGUGUCUGGUUCUCGGUAUUAAAAUUUUAUGUUACGAACGCUCUCAAUCCAAAUUUGCCUGAAGAUGAGUACUGUGGAAGCCAUUUGAAUAUAUGGGAUGGACCCAUGAGAAUAUCGCCUGGCUGCAGCGAUAUUUUUUGUGACAAAGACCGCUCAGUACAAAUGUCUAGAGCCACCUCACCACAGUCGGUGAUAGUUGGUCGUCCUCCCACAAAUGCCACUUUAGUUGCGAGAUUUUGCCGUGAGAGGGCGCCAAGAACGUGUGAACAUGCGUUACUUAGAAGGUCGAGGGCUUGCGCUCGAACGGAAAGUUUUUUAUCAAAAGGCGAUUCUCUAACUUUAGAACUGAAAUUGACACAAGGGACUGCUCUGAAGCCUGUUUUCUUCAAAGCGUUAUAUGAGUUCGUUGACCUGCAUCAAGACGGAGAGCCAUGGGGUCACGGUCCUUGUUCUAGGAGGUUUUCUUCUCGUUCCUUUCCCGAAGCACCACCGGACCCACCAGUAACAUUUUCAUCACCAAGAGAUGUCUUUCUCUAUGGCAGGGGAGGAAAUCGUAAUAUCAGCUGCACGUACCGAUUUGAAGCAAACCCUGGCGAGGUCGUACGGCUGAAGAUAUGGAGCGUCCGAAGCGGUGGAAGCCUUUGCAGAUCCGUGCAUUCCGCUCACUCGCCGUGGUUCAGAUGUGGUGGUGAGGUAACGGCGGCUGUUAGAGUAUUCGACCGACCUUGGAAGGAUAGUGGGCCUGGAGUUCUACGGGAUUGUUUAUGCAGUGAUGUAUUUGACUACGAAUUUACAUCGACUUCUACUGUGGCUGAGUUGAAAUUUGACGUUGUGAAUAUGACAGCGAUGGAUGACUUCCGAUCUUUUGGAUUUGAGGCUUCAGUAGAGUUUGUCAGGGUUGAAUCACAUUGUGAAGCGACACACAGAGUCCAUGGACCGAGUGGAGAACUACUUUUGUAUUCUUCUAUAAUGGGUAUGGAUCAUUGUGACCAGCGUCCUUGGUUGAUUGACCCAUCACCUGGUCGCUACCUCUACUUGAGAAUUGAAGGCAGUAUCAUCAAAGAACCAGACUUGGAUAACUUCACUCUUCUCAAUAAUAUAACGGUCGCUCCAGAUCUGCGGCAUAUGUGCAGAACGCAGAACCGAAUAGCAGUGUAUACUGGAGGACUGUCGCCUGUUUACAUUUGUCCACUACCGCCCCAUAGACAGGAAGAGCAGAGCGUAGAAAUUUUCUCCGAUGGUUGGAUCAAAGAAGUGGACCCUCUAGCAAAGCAUGUGUUAGCUCCUCCGCCAUCACCGGACCAUUUUGACCUGGAUUGGCCCAGAUCCCUCUCCGUUGAGCUAAUGGGCGUUGAGAGUGGAUCCUACUUUGUAACAUGGCUGGAACUGUCUAGAAGGCAACCGACCGAACACGGUGGAGUGUUCGCACUGUCAGGUGAAUGUCGCUACCGCUGCCCAUCCAUAGAUGCGUGCAUAUCCCCUGCUCUAUGGUGCGAUGGUAUUAGCCAAUGCCCUGAUGGAUCUGAUGAGCGCCUCACACAAUGCUCCUCCUUCAUGAACGCUCCUUUCCAUUACCUCACAGGGCUGAUAGCGUUCAUCGCUUGUAUCGCCUUCAUUGUGGUCGCAGCAACUCGUAGCUGUCGGCGGCGCCGUUCUGCGCUCCAACAGCGCCUCAAAAGUUUCUCCUCGGACACAGCAAUCUUCGAUGAGAAAGAAGUGAUUUGCUGACCAAGCGAAGACUCCGUGCGAUACGUGGAAAUAGACAGAGUCACUACGGUGUGACUCUCCACGCGCGGAGUCUGGGUUUUCCUUGUUAAAGACGCAAUGACGUCAUCGGGUCAAUGACACGACGGCCAUUGACCUCGAAUUGAGAUUGAUAGUUUUAAAGCGAGCCUUCGGACCAAAGUGAUACCGAUUGGUCAGGAUAUAAUAUCGUGGUAGUCUGAUAUUUAUUUGACAGAUUGUUCUAUAUUAGCUCUCAUACAAAAUUAAUAUUAAAAUGCCCAGAUUAUUUUUUGGUCAAUGGGAAUUCCGUCAUGGGCUAGGAAAUUGUCUAGCGUGAUUUUUUGGGGUAGUUCUAUAAUCUAGAUAUUAGUUUGGAUGCUUUUAAUUACAGAUCUGCUUUGAGACAGGAAUGUGAACGGAAAUCAUGAAUUAUCAGAAUACCAUUAUAUUUAAUUCGAAUUAUUUUAAGGCAUUUAAGUUUAUAGGUGACUGAUUUCAUUAUAUAAUCAUAAUGAACGCACAAUUUUUUUUACCUGAUCCGAUCGGUUCAAGAAUGUACGAUAUUUGUUGUAUUAUUAUUAUUAAUCUCUUGUAAAUAAUUUAGUUGGAAUGUUCGUUAUAGAUUAAAAUAUCGUUGUGGCAAUAAUUCAAUUGUAUCAAAUUAAAGCCUGUGUUCCCUAAAUUCGUAUACGUGAUACAAUACUGCCAUUUAUAAAGUUCGUAUACUUUAACUGUAAUUUUAACCGAAAAAGUUUACAUUUUUUUUAUUACCAAAAACGAGUCUAUUGACAUGUUAUAUUUAAGAGUGCGUUUCACUAACGCUAAUCACAUCCUCGAUUAAUCGGGGUUUUCCAGUUAUUAAUAUUUAGUAACAAAGUUAAUAUUACCAAUGUUUCAUUUAAGUAUAAUAAUAUUAAAACACUGCGAAAAUAGUGUUGUUCUCUUCAACUAUUUUUAUUGGCCAUGUUCCAUUGCCAGUGUUGCUCGAUACAAGUUAGCGUCGUCCUAGAAAAGCUAUCAGUGAAACGCACCAGAAAGACAAUGAUAUGAUUUUCCAACCAUCAGCCUUAAAAUGUGUUCAGUAUUCCAAAAUUAAGGCACGUAAAAGCAUAAUGGAAAAAUCAGGUCGGUGACCUCAAAAGCAAUUUAUAAAUUAUCCUACUGUAAAUAAAAUUAAAACUAAUUCAUAUCUUAAAGUAUUAAAGUGAUAUAAAUUUGUUUCCCAAGGAAAUUAUUGAGAUUUGUUAUAUCGCGUUAACUAUUAGUAACUUGUAGUGAUAUUGAUAAUGACCUCGUAAUGGUUAGGAUAUAAUAAAAUAGAUUUGACCCGACGAUACGUGUGACAGUCUUUGAUUAUUAACUUAUUACUAUGUAUUAAUAAUUGUAUUUCCUAAGCUCGAUAGUGAUCUAUGAAACCGCGUCUUGCGGCGAAAUUGCGCUAACUACACUGUUUUGUUACCUAUUAAUUACGUUUCAAAUUCUUGAGGAAAUAACCUUGACAAAAUCCAAAUUCUGUCUUAAGAUUCCUGUCUAAAUAUUAUAUAAAAUGAUUAUUAACAUUAAAAUUCGAUAUA